GGCUAUGUCCCUUGUGGCGCGGCUGGUAAGAAAAGCGGAGGAGGAGGAAGAAGAAGAGGAGGCGCGGGGGUGGAAAUUGGGGGAGCGCGGGGGGAGGACGACGAGGAGAGGAGGAACAGAAGGGUGAGAAGAGGGACAGGAUGGGGAAGAAAAAGUUCAUCGACAAGAAGAAAUCUGCGACUUUCGCUCUGGUCUUUCGAGAUUCAUCCGAUCCGUUGAUCGAGCAGAGCGAUCGUGUGUUCACACGUAUUGAUCGUGGAACCGGUUACGUGCCGGGUUUCACGGAAGAAGACCCUCAAGCUCGUCUCGGAGCAGGUGCUGCUGUGUGGAGAGCGGGGAUCCCGACCAGGGAGCGGGGAGCGUCGGGAUCGGAACGUGGGGAAGAAGAAGUUGCAGCCAAGCAGAAAGCGGCGGAGGGCGGCGAUGGCGGCGGCUAUGGUGGAGACAAUGGUGAAGAGGAAGACGACGACGAUUCCAGAUUCAUGGAUGCGGAGGAGGACGAUGAGGAGGAGGAGGAGGAGGAGGGACUGGGAAAGGGAAACGGAGCGAGGAAGGACGAGCUUGCGGGCGCGAAGGGCAGGACGUUGACGAAGCAGGCCGGCGCGGCAGUACUGUCACUCCGUGGGCAUGGCGGGCAAUUGGGAUCAGGAUCGGGACACGGACUGUCGGAGGAGAUGAGGAGGGAGAUUCUGGAAAUGGGAUUUCCGGAUGACGGAUACGAUUACACGAAGCAUCUUCGGAGGAUCAGGAGUGCAGCAGGGUCGGGAUCGGGUGGCGGCGCCACUUUCAUCCCGGCCGCGAAGCCGCGUCUCCAGCUGCCUCCAGACGUCAAGGCAUUCGAUUCAUCAGCUGUCCGAGUCAGCGGUGUGGUUGCUGAUCAGCAGGCUGUGGAGCAAGGGUUGUUGAUGGCUGAGAUGGACUCACUGAGCAAGAGAACGAGGGAGAUUCGUUGUGUGGGAGGUGUGCCGCCAAGGGCCAUAGACCCAGACGUAUUGGCAGCCUUGGAGAGCACUGAAGAUGAAGCAGAGGGAGCAGAUGAUGAUGCUGAAGGAGGAGAUGACUUGGAAGAUGAUUUUGUUGCUAUGGCCAACGAGGAUGGGGAGAUGAGUCAGUCGGUCGAGGAAGCCCAAGGGGGCAGUGAGGCAGUGGAAGGCGAGAUGGGAGACAAACGGCGAAGUAAACAGCCUGUUGAAAGAAAUGGGCUCAGAAGGGACAAAAGUGCCGCUAAGCGUCAUGAGGCGGACGAUGAGGACGAGAAUGAGUUUGAUGAUGGGGGUGGAUAUGGCGAUAAUGAUGAUGGUGAUGACGGCGAUGACCAUGAGGAAUUGCAGGGAACUCCUCGCUAUACCACGUCUGCAAAGGAGAGGCCAAAGAGGUUGCUUGACGAGCAGUUCGAGCAGCUCACACUGCGGGAAUAUGCGGAUGACGACGACGAGCUGGAGGGUGACCCAGAAGCUAGAGGGCAUGCAGAUAUUACAGAAUUCUCUGAAGCUCUGGAGGAGUUCCUAUCGACUUCGGAAGCAACUCUUCGCCCCUACCAUUGCCUGAAGGUUGAUGAUGUUAAAGCCGAGGCUUCAGGAGAGGGUGCUGAUCUUCGAGAGAAAGCAGGAGAUGCUCACAGCUCUGAGCACACAAGCCCCUCAACAUUUGACUUGGGGGCCAAGAUGGCCCUCAGCCGCCGACAAGCUGACGAAGUGGAGGGAAGGGCUACCCAAGCAGCAGGUGUGGAAGAAGGAGAGGAGGACUCCGAAAGCGAAGAAGAAUGGGAGGAUGUGUAUGAGGAGGAAGACGAGAGAGAGAAAUGGGACUGUGAAACCAUCGUGUCCACAUAUUCUAACCUAGAUAACCACCCGGCAAGGAUCGGGGCCGGCAACGGAACGAAAAAGAAAGGUGUGAAAGGCUCUUCUGCGGAGAAGGGCAGCUUGCAAGUGACACCUGGGUUCAUCCGGCUUGGUGGUCGGCAGCAGCUUCCUGUCGAUUUUCUGCCUAAACGGGAAGAGAGAGGUGCUCAUGGGAAGGAAGCGAAGGGACAAGAGGGAGUAAAGACCGAAGCAAAGGGAGGCGCAGACGCAGAAGAGGUCGCAAGGCCUGGUGGGAGAAGAGCAGGACCGAGGGGUGGGGAAACAGCCGAAGAACGGAAGGCAAGGAAGGCUAUGGUGAAGGAGGAAAGACGCGAAGCACGUGCAGCAAAGAAAGCUCUGAAGCUCAUGUUCAAGGAUGAGGGUAGGCGAGCACAGCAUGUAGGGGCUCAAGCCAUACCUCAGGGCAUUCGCAUUCUGUAAGAAAAUGCAGGCAAUUGAAAGUGGUGAAUGGGCUUUGGGUGUGGAAGAUGCUUUGCCAGUAAAUACUUUUUCUCUGAUGCCUUGGCCCUCGGUCACUUUCGGGCCAAAUGCUUCCGCAAUCCUAGGGCGUACUCACGCUACGCCUCUUUGCAACUCAUCUGGAAGCGAUUGCCGUCGGAUAUACCGAGGAGGUCCUGUGAGAGGGCUCCGUGUGUGAGUAUGCCCCUCAGUGUUGCUUGCUGUGUCAUGUGACAGCGGACGUGUUCUGUCUGCGAGUGGUAUUCCUGUUCGUGGCCUGCCUUGCAGUAAACAUGUCUUACGGCGUCCAUCGAUCUAGUCUCUGUUGACAUGGAGGAGGUGAGACGGAGGUAACCCUGAUCUCGUGUGAUAUACGUGUUUUAGCCACAACGUUGUGACGCAGUGAAUGCGCAGUAGUGCGAAUCACAGUAUCUUGGUCUGUCGGUCCUGUUGUCGUGUGGAUUAGAGAAAAAUGAUUGGGCGUUGAACUGCCAGUCCAUUGGAGUGCCCCUUCGCUUGUGAUGCGUUUCAAGAUCGACUGCUGCCGGGCGCGGUGCGGUACGUAACACUACGUGCAAAAUGUUUGCACGGUUCGUCUCCAAAUCAGCCAUCGUUUCUUAGUGUGCGCUGAUGGGGCAUGUUUGGAAAAACAGGCUUGGAGGCAGGCUUGGGGGUGCGGGUGGCUUGGGUGUGUAUGAGUGACCAGUUCGGUGGUACGACCUGCGGCUCAGAAGUGUACGGUCACUGCUACCGGUCACCUACAGUGAUGAUUGAUGCAGAAAUAUUAUAGUGAGACCUUCAUGACAGAAAUCAGCCAUAAAUAUGGUCAGAUUCAUCCUGAGAAGCCCUGGAAUGCGUAUGGCCUUUGGUGUGCCGAGCCCCCCAUUUUUCCUUUCACACGAUGUAAAGCUUGGCGGUAAAAGCUUUACUUGUAAUGGCUACAUUUGUCUUUUGGUUUUCUACGUGAUCGUGCUGCUCAAGAAAGUCGAAGAGUUUUGUUGAACAGCUGAUCUGUCUGUUCAUGCACAGUUUACUGUCCUUUUGUUUCCAUUUUCUUUCUUGUAGAUGGUCAUGUACACGUUUUCUUGGCAAACGGAUGAGUCGUAGUUGUUCUUCUCUGUACGUCCGACUAAAUUUUGGAUGCACUGGUGCAGUGUGUAGAAGCUUGUCGCCUCAGCCGCUCAAUCCUUCUUUCUCAUUGUUGAGUGUGGCCAAACAUUGCAUGCGCAG